UCGGCCAGAAAGCUCCCCCACGGAGGCAUUCUGUACGAACUGAACUCCCCAGCAGCAGCCGAAUGGCUAACCACUCCAGCAAACCGAAGCUCUUUCUUAGAACACUUCGGCCCAGAGGUAAUAGUAAAGGACCGCGCUUACCAUCUGAUAGUAGAGAACGUUCCAAUCUCCUUUAACCCCCUCUCACCAACAGCCCUCGCCGACACAGAGAACAAAGGAGGACUCAAGCACAAUAGCAUCGUGAAAGCCCGCUUCAUCAAACCACCCGCAAGACGAAACCCCAACCAACGCACAGCACACAUCGCCCUAUCCCUCAACAGCAAAACGGACGCAAACCAAGCCAUAAGAUUCGGCCUAUCCAUCGAAGGCAAAAAAGUCUAUGCCCGCAGACUUCUAGCCGAACCGACGAGAUGCUUGAAAUGCCACACGUUCGACGGCGGCCACAUUGCUAGCGAAUGCAAGCAAGAACACGACACCUGUGGAACCUGUGGUGCCCAACACCGAACGGCAACAUGCGGUGUCGACCAACCAGAAUUCUACCAUUGCGUCAACUGCGACACCGACGGACACGCAACAUGGAGCAGGGAGUGCCCUUUCUUCAUCAAGAAAUGGGAAUCUUUCAAGGCUAAAAACGGAGACGCUAAAUACAGAUUCUUCCCCACAGAUGACCCCAUGACGUGG